CUGUUAAUCAAAAAAUCAAUAAUCACACGACUCGACAAAGAAAACAAAACAUCGGCACUUGCAGAUGAGAUUAAGAAUAUUGUAUUGUAUCAAUUGCACAAAUAUGAAGGAUUUGCCAAAAGUUAUAUUUCAACAGCCAAAUAUUUUCCACUUUACGGACUUGAGGAAGUUUAUAAAGAAGUUGGAACGCAGCAGAGAGACGUAUUGGGAACUGAUGAUGGGACAGUACCAUAUCGUCUCUGCAAACAUUUACAACAAUUUAUUCCUCAGGCUCGUGUUAUCACUAUUUCAGGUGGAACACAUGGGAUUGUAGUGACUCAUGCAGAAACUUUGUCCACGCAUUUAUCUGAGUUUCUUCAUGCUAAAAGCUUACCUUUGGCAGAAGUAAAUUGA